UCCUCACUGGCUGUCCUGUCUCCCCGCCAGGUUACGGGCACGCGGCCCCCGGCACGGACGCGGGCAAGGCCUUCUGCAUGUUCUACGCGGUGCUGGGCAUCCCGCUGACGCUCGUCAUGUUCCAGAGCCUGGGCGAGCGCAUGAACACCUUCGUGCGCUACCUGCUGAAGCGCAUCAAGAAGUGCUGCGGCCUGCGCGACACCGACGUGUCCAUGGAGAACAUGGUGACGGUGGGCUUCUUCUCCUGCAUGGGGACGCUGUGCAUCGGCGCGGCCGCCUUCUCCCAGUGCGAGGAGUGGAGCUUCUUCCACGCCUACUACUACUGCUUCAUCACGCUGACCACCAUCGGCUUCGGGGACUACGUGGCGCUGCAGACCAAGGGCGCCCUGCAGAAGAAGCCGCUCUACGUGGCCUUUAGCUUUAUGUACAUCCUGGUGGGGCUGACGGUCAUCGGGGCCUUCCUCAACCUGGUGGUCCUCAGGUUCCUGACCAUGAACAGCGAGGACGAGCGGCGGGACGCGGAGGAGAGGGCGUCGCUGGCGGGCGCGCGCCGCAGCAUGGUCCUGCACAUCCCCGAGGCGCUGUCCGACAGCCGCGCCCGAGCUGGCCCUUGUGUUUGGAUCUCGGCCACAGCGGGCCGGCGGAAGGUGCUACCCACCCACCGGCCUGUUCGUCUCUUUCUCCGUGGCCCCGGCGCCCUGGUCACCGUGAGCAGGCGGCUUGGGCACGUGGACAAGGGCCCCGCCACGUGCUCUGGCCUGGGGCACCGAGGAGGUGGAGCCAUCGGAAGGGAGAUCCAGGGCCGCUGCCUCGGGCAGGGGAGCAUCCGUGGGGCCGAGCUCGAUGGCCAGGUGGUCAGCAUCCCUUAUUUUACCUUCACCAGCAGUCUGAGUGCCGGGCCCUGGGGGGACCUUUCCACGGGGGUGGGGUUCUGGAGGGAGGCGGGGCUGAGCCCCGCGGUGGGCUUCAAGGCCGCCAGCCCCUCUCGCCGGAGACCUCAUGUUCCAGCACAGCGUCGCGGCUCCGCCAAGCCUCCAGCACUGGCCUGGGUAGACGCCGGCGGUGCGGCGCCCCCUUUCCCGACAAGCCCCGGCGUGGGGGUCUGGGCUCCCCGGGGUGGUCCCGCCUGCCCAGAGGUUUUCUGUGAGCAGAGCGCGUGGGCUCGGCUCGAGCCCGCGGUGCCCUCGGUCACCCGCUUCCGAGAGGGCACCCCGGGGCAGCGUCAGAUCGGGGGCUGGGGCCAGAGGCUGCUGGCCGACGCCUCCGAGGAGCCCACGCAGGCUUCGGGCAGGGCAAGCUGCCGUCCACCUCCUUCCCGGGACCCCGAGGCCGGCCCUGCCCCCGCCGCCACCUCCCCAGCAUCGUCUCCCCUCACUCAGGGACUCAGGGCUGCCUCGGCGCUGGUCAGCACGGAAGCGCCCCCAGACGCGGAUCCCCACAGUACAUGUGUGCGUGACGCUCGGCCAGCGCUCACCCUGCCCACCGGGGACCUGACGGCCUGGCUUCUCCCGGUGGCCCCCACGCAGGGCCAGCAGGCGCUGGCCAGCAUUCCCUCUCCUGCAGUCACGGAGUCCCGACAUCCGGUGCCCGAGCCUGUGGGAGGCCUGCUGGCCACUGUGCUGGCUGUCAAAGCCAUUAUCCGCAUCCUGUUUCCCAGGGCAGCCUUUAACGUGGCCUCGCCUCAUCUGGUGCUAUCCGUCUUUAGUCUUUGUUUACUUCCUGAAGAGUUCUUCCAGAUUGUUCCACAGCAACCCUUGGCCUCCCCUGGGCCCUCGAGAGCCUUGCACAACCUGUGGCAUCGCAAGGGCGGCUCCAGGUCGCUGGCCACCGCGGGGCAUGUCACCGACGCCCGACGUCCAGCCCUCAGCACCCCCCUGUCCUCGUUUGCAGAGCGGGCAGCGAGCCCGGGCGCCGUGGGUCAGGACGAAGGUGCACGCCGGCCGCGGGCUGGCAGCCGGAACAGCCGGCUUCCGUUGCCGGGCGAAGCUCACGCGGUCCCAGCCACCGUCUCGGCCACACCCUUCGUGCCAACUGCGAGCGCUUUCCAGUGGUCUGCCCUGACAUCCAGUGCGUGA